AUGAAAUUCAUGAAGAUAAGAUUAGCGAUAGCUGUAGGAGUAUUUAUACACACAAUCAUAGCUACUACUUUUACAAAAGGUGAAGUACCGUCUGAAAAAUCUGAAAACUUAAUCGUAUUAUCUAAAGAAGAUUUCAAAUACUUAAUAGAAAUGCCUGCGGGAAAGAGUGAAGAGCCCAAAGAAAAUAUAGCUGCUGCCAAUCCAGCAGAGAAGAAGGAUGGGGAGAAUAAGGAUGGAGAGAAGAAGGAUGGAGAGAAGAAGGAUGAGGAUGAUAAAAAUACAGGAGUAAAGUAUUAUGACUAUGCUGAGUUUGGUAUUAAUCUAGGAGUAUCUAACUCUGAAUUAGUCAAUAGUAGAAAUGACAAAGGAAAUAUUUUGAAAAUUUUUGUGGACAAGGUUACAAUAACUGAACAAUGUACAUUUAAGCUGCACUUCUUAAAGGAUGGAAAAACACAAGAAGACUGUUUAAAAAAUGCUAAUGAAUCAAAUGGACACACAAUAAUUGGUGAGAUUGACCUGGAUAAAGCAACUGAGUUUUUAAAUUCAGCUAAGAGUAGUGAAGAAUCAGUAUCUGCAGUUACUCUAAAAUUAAGAAUUAAGCAUUCUGACUUAGAAGAGUUAAAGAAGAAGUAUGAAGCAAAGAGUAUAGGAAAGGAGUAUUAUAUUCAUGCCACCAACAUAAAUACACCUCAAGCUGCAAACAAGAAUGAUCCUAUUCAAAUGAAAUCCUGCAUAGGAGGACUAUACAGUAGUAUGUACACAACAGAGGAUAUAAUUAAUGAAAUCAAAAGCAAAGACUCAGAAGAGGAAGGAUUCUUUGCAGCAAACUGGAAGGGAAUUUUAAUAGGAUCUGUUGUUGUAAUUGGUAUUUGUGUUAUUGUUGGUGUUUUUGUCAGCAGAAACAAGUAAUAGGAAGUUAAUUAAGCAUUCCUUGCCCUGUUUUAGGCUGUUUACAAUGCUGAUUCUUUGGUUUUUAUUUAUGUGUUUAUAGUACAUGUAUUAUACUCUUAAAUAAGACUGUGUUUAAUGCGCUUUCUGUUUAAUAAAGCAUAUUACAUUACAUGCACUAAAAUAACAUCUGUGCCAAAAACAGUGUACACCCGCUAGAAUAGUUAAUAAGCAGGAAGUUACAAAAUAACACAGUUAAUAAAU